AUGGUCCUCUCCCUCUCCCGCUGGGGGGGGAAACAGGGUGAGGCUCAAAAAGAGUCCGCGUUGGUCCCGGAGUCUGCUCAGCCCUCAGCCUGCGGAACCGAGGGGUCAACGCUGUUCUCGCCGGGUUGUUGGGCAACUAACCUGUACGAGGUCUGCAUUAUGUCGGAAUUCUCCCAGCUGGCCUUGGAGGCAAGCGCUCCUACUGAGGUCCUGCAGCUGCUGUCGGAGUUCGAGGUGGCCACGUUCGCACGUUGCUGCACCAGUCACGUCGAAGCCGAAGAGAUGAUAUCCCAGCUUUGUGCUGAUAGUGGGCUGGUCGAGCACUCAAGCAAACUACUUGCUAAAGCAUCGCUACGGCUUCUUCUUAGCAGGUGCCGCUCAGCCGAAGCUCUCCCCUCGCUUGAACAACAUGCGACACCCCAAGCCCCGGUGAAUAAUCCAACUCCACAGCUCGCUACAACGACGACUCCGGCCCCAGCUUCCUCAGGCUGGCAGGAGUCGUGGCCGGCAAAGCUAAGCCCAGAGAAAACUGCGGCACUGCGGCGUCGCUUCGAGGAGGACUACCCUACAGAACUGCUAGAUUCGGAGUCUUUUCCCUCAUCCCGCUUACUGGCGCUUACCUCCAAAAUGGUUGCGGACAGGGAAAUCCGCUGGCUGCCUUGGAAGUUCCGCUUGAGCUCCAAGUCUCAGGAUGACAACCUGCUGCUUCGCCCAAAGAAGCAGCCCAGGAUAUCGGAGCUCAGCGACUUGCUGCUGGACGAUGCCCCCACCAGAGAGAUUCAUGAUGGCCCGGCUUCGUACGCUUUCAUUAGCCAGAUGCUUUCGCUCGCAUCCACUUCGAUUGCCUUAUGCCAAGGUGCUCACCUGGGGGCUCUGAAGAUGUACAACAAGAAGUUCCUCCAGCUUUGUUUUACCAAGUAUGAGCCUGCCUCCAACUUGCGAGGUCCCACAUCCCUGGAAGCCCAGGCCGCGGACAAAAGGGCUUGGGAAAUUCUGUCGGACCUUGUCAAUCAGCACGCUUGGAAACUCGAUGAUGCUUUACAUGAGGUGUCGGAGGUGCGCUCCGAUCUGGCCAGCCUGCUUGCACCCCGGCCACACGUGAGCAAACGCCUGCUUGAAGGCCAGGAACAGUGGCGCUACCGACAAACCGGCCGAGGCAGGGGCUCGCAGGGCACGGGUCGCGGGGGCAAGGGCCGCGAUGGUAAGAAUACCCCCACUGAGCGACUGGAAAGAGGAGGCAAAGGCAAAACUUCCCACAAAGGGGGCGAAAAGAACAGCCAGUCGUCCCAGGGCAAGUGGCUGUCCACAAUAUUCAUGGAGGGCAAGAAGCACACUUUGUGCAUGCGCUAUCAAAGUGGCCAGUGCAAGGACCCCGCCUCCUGCCGCUAUGUGCACAAGUGUGAGGCUGAGGUGGUUGAUGACACCUCGCUGUGCGUUUCUCCAGUGGCCCGGGCCAUCGCGAGCUACCAGUUCGAUUUCCCCACUUGCUUGUCGCUUUUGGAGGAAUCCUUUUCCAGUAAAGCCGCGAUCGCUCUUAAGGAUCCAGCUGUUACCCAGUCGGACGCUUAUUUCAACCUCGGGGCUUUUGGGUUUGAUGAUGGACGCAGAUAUGGUGUCUUCCAGAGGACUGAGCAAUUCUCCGAGAUUGCAAGAUUUUUGAACGCUUUUCUCCGCUUGCAGUUUCCCUCGGCCUCUUGGACAUCUGUCUGCGUGAGUCAUAAUGUGCGCACGCAGCUUCACACAGACGCGGGCAAUGAGGUGGACAGCUUAAAUCACUCCGUCUCACUGGGCAACUUCGCAGGGGGUGAAAUUUGGAUUACCCCCGCUUUGCGUAGCUCAGCAGCGCUUGUUCCUCCGCCCCAAGGAUCGGAGUCGGAGACGCACAAGGUGGGCGCCGCUACACUGGGGGAGCAAGUUGACACAUUCGAGUCGGGGGUCUCCUUCCCUUGCUCCAGUUUACACUGUACGUCUCCAUGGCAUGGCGACAGAUGGGUGCUUACAGCUUACACCUGCAAAGGCGCUGCCUCGCUUCCCGCUGAUGUUCGGGCGCAUCUGCGCUCUUUGGGUUUUCCACUGCCAGGAGACGAGCCAACUGGUGGGACGCCUCAGCCUUCCUCCACCCCGGUGGUCUCAUCCAUCAGCCCAGGGUUUUUCCUGGAUAUCUGCUGCGGCGCCACUGCACCGCUUUCUGUGGCCAUGGGCAAAGCCGGCAUACACCACGUUUGCGUUGAUGCCCUGGGCGAGGAACCGCUCGACCUCCUUUGCGACAAGAAUUACGAUUCGCUCAUGCGCUUGUGCUUCUCAGGGGUAGUUGUCAUGGCGCAUGCGGCUCCGCCCUGCAAGGAAUACUCCCGUCUGAAGCUUCGCCCCGGACAUAUUUCACUGGAGCAGCCUACCAACGCGAUGUCUUGGCUAGAGCCGUUCGUCCAGGAUCUGCUCUCGGAAGUCCAGGCUCACCUCUCUGACAUUCCCACUUGCUCAGUUGGAUUGUCGAUUGCUAAGUCUUGGCUUUUCGCUUCCAGCUUUUCGCAAUUUUCUGGUCUGGCUGCCAAAUGCACACACCCUCAGGGCCACGAGUCAGUGGCCGGCAAACUUGACGCUCAGGGAAGCUUUCUUUCACAAAGGACAGCGGAGUACCCAGCAGCACUGGCUGAACGAUAUACAGCGAUCGCUGCCCCGCUCUUUGGGGCUGUCUCCUCCCGCACUGUGCGAACCCCAUGCUCACUUUCGUUUGCGCUCGCAUGCACUGAGGUCAAACCCCGAAACACCCCGCCGUUUGGAGCGCAGGACGGUGGCGGUAUCUAUUCGCUUCCCGAUUGGUCCUAUGGCCCCAGGUACGCAGAAGACCAGCUCAGGCCUCUUCGCACAGAGUGGCGCACCUGGCUCCUUGAGAAACAUGUACCCGCCAGGUUGACACAGCAUAUCGCUUCAGGCAGGAACGAACCACUUUUCACUCCUGAGGAGACUGCUUGGCUACAGUCGUCGUUCAAGCGUUUUUCGGAUGGACUUUCUGGAGCAUCCGACUGGGACUUUUCUGUAGCGGAAGGUCAACCGUACUGUCUUUCCGCUCUACAACGUUUGAGUACAAUACUUGCUGACAAGGAUACAUCGCUUUUUCCAGCUUUAUCACAAGGGGUCCCCACGGGGUUUGCCGAUGACAUCCCCCGCAGCCACACCCUGAGGCCUCGACGAGAAGGGGAAACGGAUGAGGGCCACGAGCUCUUGGUCUGCGAAGGCAACUGGCAGGGGGCUGAGAGUGACCCCGCUUUGCUUCAGGAGCUUAUCGAAGAGGAGCUAAACGCUGGGUUCCUCGAGGAAGUCGACUCCAUCGAGGAAGCAUAUCGCCGCUGGGGUAAGGACAGAGUCGCAGUGGGCAGAGUCAACAUCGUCAAAGCCCCAGGACGUUCUCCCCGCUUAGUGGUGGAUAACAGUAUCUGCAACACUAAUCAAAAUUGCAAAGUCCCGGAGCAGUUCAGUCUUCCUUGCUUGCAAGAUAUCCAAGCUUCAUACCCACUUAGGGAGGACAACGAGCCUGUAUCAGGUUUCAGCUUGGAUGUCAAGGGCGCUCACAAGACAUCCCGUGUGCGAGAACAGGAUAGGGGCCUGCUAGGCCUACGUCAACAGGACCGCUUAUUCUUCUACAAGGUCUGUCCCUUCGGGGCCACUUUCUCAUCCCACUGGUUUGCAAGACUGGGCGGCUUUUUCACUCGCUGCCUCCACUUGCUUAUUUGGAUUCCACACGUUCUGCUUUUGUACGUGGACGACCUGCUUUUAUAUCAGAACGCCCAGGUACUCCCACUUUCAGCUUGCUUGACGCUGGCAUUCUGUUCAUGCUUUCACAUUCCGCUUAGUUGGAAAAAACUCCAAAUGGGGCCAGUCAUCACAUGGAUCGGCUGGCAGCUCAACCUGGGGACUGCUUGCUACACACUGCCAGAGGAAAAGCGCAACAAGCUGCAGUCCCAAGUUCGCGAGUGCCUCGGUCACCGCUUGGUUUCCAGAAAGCAGUUGGACAAGCUGUUGGGGUUGCUUCAGUGGAUUCUUCACGGCUUCCCAGCACUGCGCCCUUGGCUUUGCACUCUUUAUGACGAUAUGCACCGUCCGCUCGGCACAAACGUCAGUAUACCUCCAACGACGUGGCCAGGCAUCUCCACCCACUUGAAUGACAAGAUGGUCUUCAUUUCUUGUCCUGCUGGGACAUCUAUUCGGCCGGGUAGCACCCUGCUUUCGGCGCGCCACGUUGAGCUGAAAUGCCUCGCUGACUUGCAUAAGGUGCCGGUCAGUUCCAAGCGGCUUUGGAUGCGGGUAGCAGACCCCUCUUCUUCACGGAGAAAAUUGAGCAUCGCCAGCAAGGAAACCUUGGAGUUUUUCCUCUACCUCAGCUCGCGAGAAUGGCGACCGCGACCGCUUCGUCCGGCCCCUCUCGCUCAGGUGGAAUCCGCCGCUGACGCUUUCGGCAAAGGCAAUGACUGUGGAGUCGGAGGCUGGCUCCGAUUGUCGGAUGGGAAAACAUCCUGGUUCUCGCACCGCUACACAGUUUCAGACUUUACCAGCUUGGGCCUACCCAUGCAAUCCAACGCCAACUUGGACAUUUCCAGCUACGAGACGCUGGCCCAAUGCUUUAUUCUUAUUUGCUUUUGGAAGCUCUCAGGCAGCGGACGCUUGGCAGUGACCCUUCCCGCUUUGAGUGAUAAUACAGGGGCUGAGUCUGUUUGCAACCGCCUCUAUACCUCCGAAGUCCCACUUAACCUUUUUGUCCGUAAGCUUUCAAUGUGGAGUUCGGUGACGGGCGUCCAGCUGGACUGCAGUCACAUCUCUGGCGAGAAGAAUGACGAUGCCGACCUGCUGUCACGUUGGGACGGUCAGAGUGAGCUCCCGGAUCGCUUUUUGCCUGAGCACCGUGUACAUAUUUCGCUUUCCGAUUUUUGGCAUAUCCGCUUUGCGGUAACGCUGCAUCCCCCGGAUGCCUUUUUGAAGUGGCCUCUUCCGGAGCCACAUCAGCUGGGCCCGUCUAACCGGGUCACCAAAGAGCGUCGCUGA